AUGAAUCGAAAAGAGAAGUUGAGGAUCAACAUUCAAGAGAAGCAGGAGGCCAUGCAGAGAAUCGUAGACACGAUGGAUGAAGAAGCUCAAACACUUGCGUCAUUAGCAGCAAAAGCAGAUGAAGUUGAUAGCCAUGUAAUCAACAUUGCUCGCUUGGAGGAGUCGCAUGCCAAAGUUGAGACGGAGCUGGAAGCGUUACAAGAUUUGGAGGAGGCAAAAGAUUUAGAGGAGGAAAAAGAUACAACAUGA